AUGAGAGGUUUGACAGACGAAGUCAAAUAUUGGUCAUCAGCACGCAAGUCAAAAGAGGAGAGCAACUGUCAGCUGCCCAACCAAAACCACCAAGGACAGAGGCUAAAACAAUUGAUAACUCAUGGGAGAGACACACUUGAAAACUCAUUGCAAGUUAUAGUUGUCACAAACAAGUGCCACCCCAGUCAACUUGAACAUUUGGGUUUUUUGAAAGAGAUGAAGUUGUUUGCAGUGCUCGAGUUUGACCCAGAAUCUGACAUGAACGGGACAUGCAGUUUCUACAGAGCAGAUCGCAUAGCUAAUCUUCACUACCCUCGAAUGUACAAUACCAAUGACAGUGUCUCCACUGUUAUCGGAAAGCUGAACUUGUUUAAGCAGACAAGCUGGGUCUUUUGUAACGGGCGAGCAAAUGAGGUCAGUGAAGCAGACAGACCUUUCACUACCAGUGAAUGGCUGAAGAAACGUGCUGGAGAAAUCAGCGAUAUGGUUUCAUUUCUCUGCAAUCCAGAUGUCUUGUCGAAAGACAGAUUACUUGUGGUGUUCAUGCUUCACUCAGGAGUCACUGACAUCUCAAGCCCUAUACUUGAGGCCUUUUGUGCGAUCUAUCGCACUCUUGAGGGUGAGGAUAAUAUGCUCUGCAUAUGCAAAGAUUCAAAUGUAUUCAGUCAAUGGAGAGACAUGAUAAACACUCGAUGCAAAGUGGAUAUCACCAGUAAAUGUAUCUACGAAUUGAGCCUGAAUGAAAUCGACUGCACCAUCAGGAAAAUCAAAGAACCUCAGACACGGUCCUCUAGGAGAUAUCUGCCAUCUUCUGGCUCCAGUUCGGUCCUCCUGACACAAAAAGACGAAGAGCUGAUGACCGUACUUGAUAUACUGAGUGAAAAUGAAUGUGAGAACACUGAAAUUGAAACCAAGGACACUUUUGAGGAAUUCAAGACCAACACGGAGGAGGACUUUUACAGAGGCGGACAAGUGACUUGGUGGAACUUCUACUUGUCCGAGAGGCCAGGUUGUCUGCCAUUCAUCAAACGUGACAAGUAUGAGGAUCUUCACAACCUGAUCACACCUACAGAGGGGUACACAUCGCCAUGCAUAAUAAUAAACCUCUUCCAUCAUCCAGGCUGUGGUGGAACAACACUGGCCAUGCACGUGUUGUGGAACUUGAGAUGUAAAUUCAGAUGUGCCGUUCUGAAAAACACCAUAGCACAGAACAGUGAGAUCGCAGUCCAAGUCACACACCUGCUGACCUGUGGCAAAGAGAAGCAGUUGAGUUAUACUCCUGUUCUACUCUUGGUUGACAACUGGGAGGACGUUGAAGACCUACAGAGAUGCAUACUAAGUGCAGCCAACGAGAAGAAAAAACCUGAGACUCUGAUGGUCAUCAUACUGAACUGUGAGAGAUCACAGAUUCCUGCAGUGAGCUCCAGAAACAGCCGACUUGACAACGUCUUCAUGAUCAACAAACUCUCCACCAAAGAGCAGAGCUUCUUUGAGGUGAAACUGAAAGAGCUCAAAGGUCACCAUCAAAAACCUGAAACGUUCUACGCCUUCAUGAUCAUGACAAACAAUUUCAGUGAGAAGUACAUAGAGAAUCUGGUGCACAACACCCUGAAAGACCUUGACACCUCCAGAAAAGAAGGACAGCUAUUUUCACUCUUAGCUUUGCUAAAUACAUAUGUGAACGGCUCCUACAUGGCCCUGUCCCUCUGUGAGGAGUUUGUGGGGAUUAGGAAUGCUCUGUGGGGAAAAGAAACACUUGAGGACAAAAUGAACCCAUACUCCACGCUUCUGAUCCACUUCAACAUUGAAGAGCACGGCACUUAUCAGGCAGUUCGGUUUCUACACCAAAUGAUUGCAAGUAAUUGCCUCAAAGUCCUCACCGGAAAGCACAAGCUUCAUCUGGGGGAAAUAACAACCAAUCUGUUACACUGUGACUUGCUGUACAAAUCUGGCAUGGGUAAGGAUAUCCUGGUUCAAAACAUCCAAAGUAUGCUGAUCACGCGGCAAAGAAAGGAACUUGGACAUGACAAAGAUACACUGUUCUCUCCUUUGAUUGAAGACAUACAGACGGAUGAGGGAAUCAGCCAAAUCAAAGAAGUUCUUGUAAGAGCAACAAAGAGAUUUGACAAAAACGCAACUCUGCCACAAGCUUUGGCAAGGCAUUUCUAUCUGAAAGAGAAGGAUUAUAUAUCUGCUCUGCAAUGGGCCAAGGAUGCACAGCAGAAAAUGUACAAUUCUUACAUUGCUGACACAUUAGGACAGGUGUACAAAAGCCACCUAAAAUAUGAAAUUGAACAUGCUGAGGAGCUCACUCCAGAAGGGUUAGACAAAUGCCUAAAAUUAGCAUUUCAGGCCACCAAAGCAUUCAGAGAUUCACAGGAACUCGCAAAGAAGGAUGAGCCAAUGGAUUCCCUUGAUCUGGCCAACAGAAAGAGGCAACGAACCUACAACACAUCUGGGUAUGUCGGUGAAAUGGAAGUUUCAAUGAUUGUUUUUGAUAUCAUCAAAGAUAUUCCUUUUUUCAACAAAAGUGACGCACUCCAGCGAGACAAAAUGCUGCAGUUCCUCAAAAACCACUUGCCAGUGAGUGAUUUUCAUGAAACAACAAACAGUACAAAUGAUCAAUUCAUUGCUGUUCUGGCAGACCACGAGAAAUUCCUGGUCUCUUUGAAGCCACGGCUGAAGGAGAUGUUCAGUUUUUUUGAGAACUACUUCACAUACCUGAAGCCAAGGUCAAUUGAGAAGGAGACAGCAGAGGACAGAAACAAACGAAAAGUAUCAGGGCACUUCAAGAAGUACAUUCACAUCUUCUGUUCCUCGGGAGAAGAGAGGACCUCUGAAAGGGCCAGUAAACCAAAACUGAGUAUCCGGCAGGAGAUAGAGGAGCAGCGAAACUAUUUGGAGCAAAAGCGAGCAGAUUCAUUUGCUGGUCUUCUCCAGUAUCUGAAUGAGAAGAAUGGGAAUCAAAUUGAAUUAAUUCUGAAGAAAUGGCAGUUCAUUGUUCAAAAUUCUACACGGAAACUCAUGGCUGACCGGAUCAAUUUCAUCCUUGCAAACAUUGUUCUUCACUGCAUUAAGCAGAGCUCAACAUUGCUGAAGAGGUACGAGGAGCUGGUCUCCCUUCUCAACGAGGCACUGCAAGAAGAGGGAACCCAUUCAAACUGCACAGAGCUGUACUACCUCUCAAUGUUGCUGAUGUGGCCAAGAAGGGAAAACCUGCUUGAGAGCACCACAAUGUUCAAAAACAUUGGCACGUAUGUCACUUCAUCGAAAAAAUCUUUCCAUCGUCGCUUCUCCCACAUGUUUCCGGCGAAGACUUGCAUCGCACAUUUCUACCUCGGGAAAUCAAGAGGACUGAGGAGAAUAAUUCACAAAGGCAAGCUUGAUCAUUUGCUGUACAAAGAGGGACCCAAAACCUCACACAAGAAGGCCUCAUCCAAAGAUAGACCCCCAAACCCACAUCAACUGUGGCAAAGUGGAGCAAUAUGGAGGGAUCCUGAGAUACAAAACCUGUUACUACGGGUCAAAGGGAAAACUGAAAACGGUGACAUUUAUGUUUACUAUGGAGGCAAUCUGAAAAUCUCAGUGCGUCCAGUAUACCUUGGUGGAGUCCGAAGUGGAUGCAGCACAGAGGAGGUCUCCUUUUACCUUGGAUUCACCAUGGAGGGUCCCGUAGCUUAUGACAUAAAGUAUGAAAAUGACCAGUAAACAGCUUACCAUCAGGUAGACUGAGGAAGGGACGCAAGCGUUCGCACUUAGGGAAAGGAAAGGCUUCCAUUGAAGUUAUAUAGGCCUAGAGGGUUUGACUGGGGUGAAUGUCUGUGAACCAGGACAGAAUCACAUUAAGUAAGAUACCAGUGUGCUCUUGUCACUGUGUGAGGAAACCCAACCUCAACCACCUGGAUAUAAUCAAAGCAGAGAGAACAGGUGUCGUGUGACAUGCAGCAAUGAAUCAUUCAUGCUUUUAGAGGUGAAACAAUGAUAAUCAAUCUUGCAUCAGAAUGGAUUGCAAUGUCUCUAAGUCCCUGUAAUUGUGUCUCUAAGUCCCUGUAAUUGUGUCUCUAAGUCCCUGUAAAUUUGUCUCGAAGUCCCUGUAAUUUUAUAUGUAAGUCCCUGUAAUUUUGUUUCUAAGUCCAUCUAAUUUUGUUUCUAAGUCCUUGUAAUUUUGUCCCUAAGUCCCUGUCAUUUUUCUGUAUGUCCCUGUAAUUUUGUCUCUAAAUACCUCUAAUUCUGUCUCUAAGUCCCUCUAAUUGUAACAUACAGUAAAAUACAGUAGCAGACCAAUGAACAAGGAUUGUAGACCUAUAAACCACGUGCAACUAUUCAAUGCUUAAAACAUGUAUUAUGGUUUAGCAUUGUGUUUGUUGAAAGUAUGGGAUUAUUAUUAUGUUACAAGGCAUAUUGACUUUCUGCACGUUAUGUAGCUUCUUCAGUUGUUUGUCUAAAUACAUUCAAUUGCGUAGUAACCUAUUGUCAAUGUUUGUUCAUGGAAUAAAGAGGAUUGCAUUACUAUAUAUAUAUAUA